CACCUUUUGACAUUGAGAUCUUAAGGACAACUCGAGGGGCAACUUUAACUUGUUUUUUUAGUGCGCUAAGUUUAUUACGAGUGAAUCGUUUAAAACUAUGUGUUAAGGUGUAAAAAAUCUAUUAAACAAUGAAUAACCGCAGGCCAAGCAGUACAAUUGAGGAUUCACUUGAACAGUUUCUCAAAAUUAACAAUUAUGAAGACACAGUUAAGCAGCUGGAUAGUUAUUAUGGCAUGGUCAAGAGACAGUUACUUCGCUAUCAAAGCCCUAUUACAGGCCUGUUUCCUAAAUUGUCUUCGAAUCAAGAAAUUGGAAGUGUGAGAGAUAGUGUUUAUUGUGCAUCAGCAGUUUGGGGAUUGUAUCAAUCAUACAGACGAAUUGAUGACGAUCGUGGUAAAUCCUACGAAUUAGGCCAAUCAACAGUAAAAUGUAUGAGAGGUAUUCUAAGCUGUUGGAUUAAACAAGCCCAACGAGUGGAAUUAUUCAAAAAGAAUCAAUGCAGUCAACAUGCGCUGCAUGUUAAGUUUAAUAUCACUACCGGCGAUGUUGUGCUCGGCGACGAUGAGUACAAUCAUUUGCAAAUUGACGUGGUUUCAAUUUAUUUACUGUAUUUGGUGCAAAUGAUCACAUCUGGUUUACAAAUAAUUUACACACAGGAUGAAGUUGCAUUCGUUCAAAAUCUAGUUUAUUAUGUAGAAAGGGCUUACAGAACUCCCGAUUAUGGAAUAUGGGAAAGAGGAAGUAAAGCAAACGAUGGAACACCGGAGGUUCAUGCUAGUUCAAUUGGCAUGGCCAAAGCUGCUUUGGAGGCGAUUAACGGAUGUAAUCUGUUUGGUGAUAAAGGAGCAUCUUGGAGUGUUAUUUAUGUUGAUAUUGAUGCACAUAAUCGAAAUAGGAGUAUUUUCGAGACUAUGCUUCCAAGAGAAUCAUCUUCAAAGGAAAUUGACGCGACUUUAUUAACCACAAUUUCGUAUCCUGCGUUUGCAACACAUGAAGAUGAUUUGUAUGCGGCAACUAAACAAAAUAUAAUCAACAAAUUAAGAGGACGGUAUGGAUUUAAGCGAUAUAGUAGGGAUGGUUAUAAAACUGUUCUCGAAAAUAAAAACAAAAGAUAUUAUAACCGUGGUGAAAUCAAAAACUUCGAAAAUAUUGAAUGUGAAUGGCCGAUAUUUUACAUUUUCAUGAUAAUCGACGGUGUUUUCCGCUCAUUACCAGAACAAAUUGUCGAAUAUCAGGAAUUAUUAAAGCCGUUGAUAUUCACUGAUCAAAAUGGAGAUCCUUUCAUAUCAAAAUGUUUCUAUGUCCCCGAAGAAAACGUCGUUAAAGAGAAAGCUAAACCCGGUUCGACCAAUCGUCAACCAUACGCUGAACCAGGGCUUUAUUUGUGGAACCAGGCAAUUUUUAUUUUAGCACAGUUGUUAACAGAAGGUUUAUUACAUGUUAAUGAAUUGGAUCCGAUUCGUAGGUAUCUUCCGAGUUAUAAUAGACCGAGAAAAGCGGGCAGAUAUUCAGCCUUCCAAGGCACAGCGACAGAUUUAGUUGUGCAAAUAGUUCUUAUUGCCGAAUCAAUGCGAUUGCAAGCAAUGAUGGCGACAUAUGGCAUUCAAACUCAAACUCCACAUGAAGUGGAACCGGUGCAGAUUUGGUCAUCUACACAACUCGUUAAAGUUUAUGAACAUUUAGGUGUCAAUCAUAAGUUGAAUUUGCAAGGGAGGCCAGUUAGGCCUAUUGGUAGUUUGGGAACAAGUAAAAUUUAUAGAAUUUGUGGAUCAACUGUGUUGUGCUAUCCGUUAAUUUUCGAAGUAUCUGAUUUUUAUCUCUACCGCGAUAUGGAGUUGUUAAUUGAUGAUGUAAAGACAGAACUACAAUUUGUAGGAAGAUAUUGGCGAUUAUCUGGACGUCCAACAGUUUGCCUACUUAUGAAAGAGGAACACAUGCGAGAUCCACAAUUCAAGAAAAUGUUAGAUCUUUUAGCAAUGCUGAAGAAAGGAUAUUGUGAAGGGAUUAAAGUGCGUAUUGGAAGGCUGCAAAAUUUAAUUUCCAGCUCAUGUGUUGAACACUUGGAUUUUACAAACAUUCUCGAUGUUGACUUUUCGGAAGAGAGUGCGCAUCAGUUCAAACAACUUGAACAUGAUUACAUUGGUUAUCAAAGUUUGACUGACAUACACACUGUUAGUCAUUGUAAUGAAGAAUUGUUGGAUUAUUCUCAUUUUGCUAAAAAGCCAACAUGUGAUAUCAUCGCCGAGUUACAAAAAACAACCAAUAUCUACAUCCAAUGCCAAUUGUAUGGAUUUCUACUAAAGAAUGAGAGUAAACUUUACAAAGUAGGAGAUGCUACAGUUGAGGAACGUUUGCAGCAGAUUUAUUAUCAGGCUGGAUGUGUUAAACAUUGGGCGGCUGUACGGUACACAAGCAGUUUGUUAAGACACAAUGUCUACUCAAUCAGUCCUUUUAUUACUGCUGUACUUGUGCAUGGAAAACAAUUAACUGUUGGCGUUGUCGGACAAACCGAAACAGUUUUCGACAAACCAAUGACCCCCGCAGAAAUUCAAUCGGUUAUGUAUACAACCGUGCAACCACACGAUGUCAUUCAGGCGGUAUUACAACAAGAAGUUAUUCUAUACUGCGGUAGAUUAAUAUCUACUGAUCCGGAAUUGUUCCGUGGCAUCUUAAAAAUACGCAUUGGUUGGGUAUUGGAAGCGAUUAAAUUGUAUUUACAGUUUUCGGGGAGUAAGAAGCAACUGGAAGACAAUUCUCCGUAUGAGUUGCGCAAGUUAUUACUGAAAGUUUUGUCUAUUAACGAAUGGGCAACCAAAGAAAAAUUAACAACUUAUCAACGAAGACAACUGGAAGGUUGUCUAUGCCGUGUGCCAAAACAUUUCUAUAAUGAUGUGUGGGAUGUUAUCACGAGAACUCCUCAUGGAAUUCGCGUGAUGGGAAAUCUAAUCCCACAACAACCGACGUUGUCAAACAUGACGAAAUCAGAGAUUACUUUUUCACUUCUUGUAGAAGAGAUGUUGAAUCACAUUCAGAAACCAGCUUAUAGACAAUUGGUUGUUGAACUUCUUUCAAUUGUUUCAACAAUUUUAUGUCGAAACCCCGAGCUUUCAUUCAAUCAACCGCUGGAUUUGGAACAAUUGGUUAAGGAUGCAGCUACCACUUACUGCAAUGAUUUUAACAUUAGCGAUGUUAAAAUUUCAUAUCUUUUUGAUAUAAACUAUACACAAUCGAUGGGUUAUCUAGCGCGUGCGGUUGUAAAUAAUAUUUUAAACGGUCAGCAAAAGGAUCUUUCAGUUGAAAAUGAUCUUUGCCAUGUGCAAUAAUAAUUUACUCUUGUAAUCUUUGUUAGAACAAAGUUUUGACAAAAACUA